AUGAGGUGCCGUUUAGAAUAUAAAGAAUUGACUCAAAUGUGUCCCUUAGUCGAGCUAUAAAAUUAGAUCAGAAUAGUGCACAAAGAUGCAAUAACCAAUUUGUUAAUAAUAGCUUUGAUUCAACUAGGCAUUAACUACUAUGAGGAUCAUUUCAAGGCGAAAACUUUAAAAAGGAGAAAUCUACUGGGAACUUAUAUGAGAUAGAGUCCAGGGCGUGGAAUUGAGAUAGACUUACAUGAAGGUCAAGGGGGCCCAGUAAAUCACAGCUCUUUCGGUCUUCAUCAUCCAAAUUUCGAAGUCAGAGACAGAACUUUGUCAUGCUAAAGCUCAAGCCAGAGGUCUCAUUUACAUGAUCAUGAUAAGUCGUAGUCAACUAGCAAUAAAGUACAGUUUCAGUAACAGGAGGAGCAUAACGUAAAAUGGACAACUGCCAUAGAAACAUAUGAAGAUUACUUGGACAAAGAGCUUAAUGACUCAAGUAAAAAUUACAGUGGGAGUGGGAGUCACAAUUAGCACAAUAACAGCAACUAGUAACUUCGUGGGAAGGAAAAGUAAAAUGCCUCUUUAUAAAAUGGGCUGCAAUAAUGA